UGGGUGGGUGUACAGGUAUAUAUAUAACUAGGAGGCGCCUGGUGACUCCCCCACACCUACUCACAGCUUCUCCUCCAGUUCCUGUUGUGGUGGUGGAUGGUGAAGAUGACGGCGUGGAUGCUGGUGACCGGGGCGCUGCUGGUGGGGAGUGUGGUGCAGGGGUUACCGUCUGGACAACUGGGUGAACCGGCUCCUCUUGAGAUUGUGAGCAUGGUCUACAAGUCUUAUGUUAGAAGUGUGUGUUCUGGCAAGCCGGAGGUGACAGACUGCGAGACCCGGGUGGAGGAUUGCAUGACCUGGCUCAACAUGGGACCUGACAAUAUUGGUGGAACUCCAGAUAUCGAAAACCUGUGUAGUGAAGGAAUUCAAGACUGCUGGACCAGGGUCACCGACUGUAUGGCUCUCUUAGUGCCCAGCGAAGAAGUGAACACCUUCUCCCCUUUCCAGGAGUUAUGUUCCACUAAGGACGUGCCCAACUGUGAGACUCAAGUGGAGGAGUGCAUGGGCUUCCUCUACCCUGGAGAACCAACCGGGCCGCCAGAGGUGACGUCUGUGUGUGGCCCGGAAGCCCCCAGAGAGUGCCACGAGAGGUUCAUACAGUGCCUGGAGCUCAUUCAACCCGCCGGCCCUCUACCGAAUAACGACGAAUACAUUACUAAAAUGUGUUUAGAUACACAAGAACAAGACCCAGAGUGCGCGUCUAAGCUGCAUUGCGCGAUGUUGAUGGCGUCUUCAGCCGGUGGCCCUCCUGACAUUUUCUCUUUGGCAGUGGACGUCAUCUGUCGUGACAGACCGCAGCCAUCCUGUCAGCAGGAGGUCAUGCAGUGUAUAGAGAUGAUGAAGCCUGAUCCUUCACAUAUAGCUAAGCUCAAUUGCGCCACCUCUGACAAACCCAACUGUGAGGAGGAGGUCGUGAGCUGUGUCCAAAUGAUGCUUCCUGAAGGUGCACCACCCCUCGGGCCUCCCACAGCCACGAUGGUGUGCGGGGAAGGACAGACGGAGUGCCACGAGAAGUUCAAAAAGUGUGAUGCACUGAUGUUGGAAUUAAUGCCAGAGCCGGAGCCAGGAAUGGGAGGAUGGUCACCAUAUCCAGAGCCAGAAUCAAUGUCGGAGCCAGAGCCAGAGCCAGUAUCGAAUCCAGACAAAGUACCUCAUUCAGAGUCAUUGUCAGAGCCAGAAUCGUACCCAGAGUCAGAGCCAGAGUCGGAGCCAGAGUCGGAGCCAGAGUCAGAGCCAGAGUCGGAGCCAGAGUCGGAGCCAGAGUCAGAGCCAGAGUCGGAGCCAGAGUCGGAGCCAGAGCCAAACUGCCGAGCUAAAAUGAUGGAGUGUAUGACUCUGCUGAAACCAGGGCCAAGGGGGCCUCCUGACGAGGAGACAGUGUACUAAAGCCACCAUACCCUGACUGUCCGGCCAAGUACAAGAAUGUAU